UCUUUCUUUCCUCUUUUUUUUUUUCUUUUGUAUAUCUUGGACAUGAAGUUUACAACUGCAAUUUUAUUGGCUUCUUUAGUAUCGAAUGCUUUAGCAUUUGAAAGCACUGUACCUUGUCUCUUGUGGUCGUCAAAAGAAAGCUAUUUGAAAACUUCGACGAAUGACCAACUCAUCUUGAAAAAUGCUGAUGCUUCUAAUGCCGUGUUGAAUUUUCUGUCAUCUGAUAUUUGUUCUAGUCAGUUGGUAGCUGUCAUUGACCAACCAGGUCUUCAUCGAUCUGAUUUAGCGUCUUUGAAAUCGAUCAAGGAUCAUAGCCAAUCUGCUUCCUCGUACACUCAGUUGGAAUAUAUUGAAAAUGGUAUCGAUAUUAAUGCUGUUGCUCAAGCCAUUGGCAAUCAAUGUGGCAGUGAUAUCACCAACAUUAAACAAGAUGAUACCAUCAAACAAUUGAAUACCAAGAUCAUCACCGUGACUUUACCUGAAGAUGCGGAAAACAAUGAACACAAGGUGGAUCAAUUGUUGACAUUGAUCCAAGAACAAUCCAAUGAUGAUUAUGUUGUGAUUUAUACUUCAAGUAUUCCAAAGGAAAGCAAGCAAUCUGGCUUGACUCGUCGUGCCCCUAGUGACAAACCUAAUGUCCAAUUACCCAUCUUUGCCAAAUACCAAUUGUUCUCUCCUGCUAUCUUUAUGAGUCUUGGUGUGGUCUUACUCUUUGUGUUUAUUGCUGGUACUGGCAUCACUUGGUUGGUCGGUAUUCAAACACCUCCUCGUUUUGAAGGCAAGCAAAAGAAGAACUGAAAUCAAUGAUCUUUUUUUUUUUUUAUUCCCCCACCCGCCUUUAUACAUUUUAUUCUUGAUUUCUUAGUAUUCAAUUUUAUAUACUUGUGUUUUUUUUUUUUAUCAUUGUGCCUUUAUCUUUGUUAAACAUAUUUUACUUUAGUAAAUAAAAAUGAAUUUUUUUUUUGGAUUUUGA